AUGCUUCGAAAUCUUGAUCAGCUUUGCUAUGACUUUCAAAUCUUUUGUAGGAUCCCUUGGUUCCAGUACCCUAUCAUCUAUGAUAUCAGAGCUAGACCCAGAAAAAUCUCCUCUUUGACUGGAAGCAAAGAUCUGCAGAUGGUGAAUAUAGCAGUGCGGGUGUUGUCCAGACCCAUGGCAUCCAACUUGCCAGCCAUGUACCAACAGCUGGGGAAGGACUACGAUGAGAGAGUCCUCCCGUCUAUUGUCAACGAGAUCCUAAAGUCUGUGGUAGCAAAGUUCAAUGCCUCCCAGCUCAUCACACAGAGAGCACAGGUGUCUCUGCUGGUGCGCAGGGAGCUAUUUGAAAGGGCCAAAGACUUCAACAUCAUUCUCGAUGAUGUCGCCAUUACUGAGCUGAGUUUCAGCAGCCAAUACACUGCUGCUGUGGAAGCUAAGCAAGUUGCUCAGCAAGAGGCCCAGAGGGCCCAGUUCUAUGUGGAGAAAGCCAAACAAGAUCAGCGACAGAAGAUCAUCCAGGCUGAAGGAGAGGCUGAAGCUGCUAAAAUGCUCGGCCAAGCAGUGACUAAGAAUCCUGGUUACCUGAAGCUGAGGAGAAUCCGAGCGGCACAGAACAUCGCUAAGACGGUCAGUACGCUCCUUCAUUGCCUGCGGCUUCGUUUCUGUUUUGUCUUGACACUCAGUAAAAUCCCAGAAAUGCGUGCUCUGGCUUUUGAGUAA